AGUCAUUUUUAUAUCUGUUCGCUUUCGAUACUUUCAAAUAACAGAUCCAUUAUGUUAUUAAAAGAGUUAUUCGCAUUUUCAGUUAUAAAUUUUUCAGUGAUCUCAAAUAAUUUCGUGGAAUCAUGCAGUAUGCAGUGUCGAAAAUUUACGUACAAACCGUAUUUAGAACGUGUUAGCUAUUUAGUCAAAUUGCCGGAUUAUAAAAAAUUGAAUGAUCUUGCCCUUAUUGGCACGCAUUUAUCAUUUUCGUACAGUGCCAGUAAAACCUACGCUAUAACCCAAGAUUUAAACAUCGUACAGCAACUAAAAUAUGGAAUUCGUGUUCUGGACAUUGGUAUACGCCCACAAUUUAAUAUAUUUGAAGUUCAAGCAGAAUAUGCAAAGACUAAUGUUAAAUUUUCUGAUGUAUUAACGACGAUCGAUAAAUUUCUUGAUUAUAAUCCUGGUGAAUUCAUAAUUAUGUUUUUGCGACAAAACUAUCCUUCAGAUUUUGGUGUUACCUUAAGCAAUUGUGAAAUUCUUAAUUAUUACAUCAAAAGUUCUGAUGGGGCUGGAAAGCGUUUAGUUAAAAAUUGGAAGCUAACUGACACUAUUGGAAAACAUCGGGGUAAAAUUUUAUUGGCAAGUUUGGAUUAUUCAUUCAAGAAUUGUACUUUUGAUGUUAACCGUCAGUGUUAUAUUCAAAAUGAUGAUGUUAUUUAUAGAAAAUCGUACACCACCAUAAAUACAAAAGAUAAAUUGAAACAUAUAACUGAAACAUUGAAAGCGAGUUAUUCAAAAAGUUAUAAAUGUUAUAUUAAUGAUAUAAGCUUCUUCGAUAUUCAUUUUGAUCGACGUAUAGUCGCUAGAGAUGGUGGAUAUGAUUAUCAACAGUCUUGUCCGAUGCCUCUAAAUUAUGUAAUGACGCAACGUUUUGCAAAUCCCCAUCGUGCAUUAAUUAUCGUUAUGGCUGAUUAUCCUUCUCAAGAAUUAAUGGAUAAAAUAAAUGACAGUAAUUUUCGAAAUUCAUCAUGGAGAUCUGGGUGGGAAUAAUAGUAAUAGUAUACAAUAAUAAUCGCAAUGAUGUAUGAAACUCGAUUGUUUUACUAUACAAAAAUUGUAAUUAACUGUAUAAAGGAUGGCCGCAAGAAGCUUAGACUCCAUGGCCAAAUAAACAAAAUUUCUAUCUAUCUAUUUAUACAGGAAAUCUUCAAGUACAUUCCAGAAAUGCUCAUGUAAUAUUUUCAAUAAUCAAUGUACUUUUAUUAAUUUUCGAACCAUUUCCUUCCACCUCAAUGAAAUAAAAAA